CUUCCUUGGCUUCCUUCUGGCCUGCUGCUUGUGAAAUUUGCAUCCAUUGGUAUACUGACUUCAUUGGCAUCUGUCACCCCAAGCAUUAUAGAAGAUGCUCUAUCUUCUGCUUCUGGUUGAGAAGGAAUGUCCCAUCCUCUUCUUUCCAUUUGGAUGCCAAGGUUAAAAGCCGUAGACUAAAUGGCUGGGGAAAAUCACACCCGUGUGACUGAGUUCAUAUUCUCAGGAUUCAUAGACUAUCCGGAAAUGCAAGUUGUCUUUUUUGUCAUGUUCCUGGUGAUCUACAUUGUCACUCUGGGUGCAAAUCUAGGGAUGAUCUUGUUGAUCAGGUUGGAUCCUCAGCUUCAUACCCCAAUGUACUUCUUCCUCAGUCAUUUGGCUUUCCUGGAUGCCAGCUACUCUUCAACUGUUACUCCCAAGGCCAUGGUUGACUUUUUAGCUGAGAGGAAAACCAUUUCCUUGGCUGGAUGUGCUAUACAGUUUUACAUGUUUGACGGUUUGGUGAUGACUGAAUUAUUCUUAUUAUCUGUCAUGGCAUAUGAUCGCUAUGUGGCCAUCUGUAACCCAUUGCUUUAUUCUGUAGUUAUGUCUAAGAGGCUGUGUAUUGUGCUAGUGGCUGGUGUAUAUAUCUAUGGAUUUGUGAGCUCCGUGGUUCAAACAGCAUUGACCUUCCAGCUCUCCUUCUGUGGAUCAAAUGUGAUCAAUCAUUUCUACUGCAACGACCCACCACUUCUAGCCCUGUCCUGCUCUGACACCCGGCCUAAAGAAAUCCAGCUUUUGGUUUUAUCUGGGAUCAAUUUAACCAGCUCCCUCUUGACAAUCAUCAUCUCCUAUGUGUACAUUCUGUAUGCCAUCUUUGGGAAACAUUCUGCAGAUGGAAGGCACAAAGCCUUCUCAACGUGUGCCUCUCACCUGACAGCUGUUAUCAUUUUCUAUGGUACUCUCUUCUUCAUGUACCUGCAACCAAGCUCCACUCAUUCUCUGAAUUAUGACAAAGUGGUCUCUGUUUUCUAUGCUGUUGUGAUCCCCAUGCUGAACCCUCUAAUCUACAGCUUGAGGAACACAGAAGUGAAGGGGGCCCUAAAGAAACUGCUGGGGAGAAAGUGGUUUUCACAGUGA